AUGGGCUUUGGUGCAGACUUCAGUGCCAAGUCCAAGAAUCACACCACAUACAACUUGCCCCGAAAAUGGCACAGAAACAGCACCAAAAAAACUCGAUCACAAAGAUAUGACUCUCUUAAGGGGAUGGACCCCAAGGUCCUGAGGAACAUGUACUUCUCCAAGAAGCACAACAAGCGCCUGAAGAAAAUGCAGGCCAACAAUGCCAAGGCUAUCAAGGCCCUUGGUAUCAAGGCCCUGGUAAAGCCCAAGGAGGUCAAAACCAAGGUCCCAAAGGGCAGUAGCUGCAAGCUCUGUAGACUUGUCAGCCCAAGCUCCUGGCUACACCACCAAGGGUCUCAGGCUUUGCAGGUCAAAAUCCAAGCUAAGUCUCAAACCAAGCCCCAGGCUGCAGCUGUGGAUGCAAAGGCUCCAGCUCAGGGUCCCUAUGAGGCUCAGGCUUCCAGGAAGGCUCCACAGUAG